AUGGAAAUAUCUGCACAAAGUUAUUGGGACAGCUCAAUCUGUAUAGCAAUAAAAAAGUGUACAUGGAGCCCUGCCGAGGAUCAUGUUAUUAGAAGCAAUUUUACAAAGGAGGCGCGUGCUCGGUUGUCAGACAUGUUUUCUGAUGCUCAGAAAGAGGGUCUACCACCUGACUGGCUUGGGGCAGAUUACUGGAAGCAGCUUGAUCGAUACUGGAGCUUGAGGAGAUGCAACAGGAGCUUCGGGAGCUUGCUAGAACAAUUUUCAUUGAUACCUGAAAGAGGAUCUGGGCUAGAUUUGUCAGCUAACAAGUUCACUGGAUCCAUACCCUUGAGUUUUGGAAAUGUCAAUCCUAAUCAACUCAGAAGUGAUGAUUUGAACUUUCUUACUCCUUUAACAAAUUGUAGCAGGCUACAGUUUCUAGAUAUUGCCUACAACCAGUUUACUGGAGAGUUUCCCGGAUCGAUCAGUAACUUAUCAUCCCAGUUGAGUUGGCUAAACUUUUACAAUAACUCUAUACAUAGGAGCAUUCCUGCAGAGUUUGCAAAUCUUCUUGAUUUAACAGCAUUGGGAAUGGGCCUAAACUUCUUGACAGGUAAUAUUCCAGCUUCACUUGGAAAACUUCCAAUGUUGAAAGUACUUUACUUGGGCUCAAAUCAAUUAACUGGUGAAAUUCCCUCUUCCCUAGGCAACCUUACACACUUACUGUACCUAUACUUGCAUAAUAACAGUCUAGAAGGAACCAUACCUUCUGGUUUUGGCAAUUUCAAGUUUCUGCAAGAAGUUGGCCUUUCUCGCAAUAGCUUAAAUGGGACCAUUUCCAAACAAUUUAUCGGUCUUUCCAGCCUUUCCAGAACAUUUAACUUAUUGUCUGGUGACAUACCUAAUGAGAUAGGCCAAUGUUUUUCUUUAAAUAAGCUUUAUCUUGACAUGCCUAAUGAGAUAGGCCAAUGCUUUUCUUUAAAUAAGCUUUAUCUUCAAUCCAACCUCUUCCAAGGAGCCAUUCCAUACACGGGUCAGUUGGCAAGAAUAGAGUAUUUAGAUCUUUCGAAUAACAGGUUAAGUGGUCAGAUGCCUCGGGAUUUGGUAAAGUUGCAUCUUUUACUUAAUCUGAACCUGUUGUUCAACAAUCUUGAAGGCGAUGUUCCUUUAGAUGUGUACGUAGGAGCCCUUCCACCAAGCGAAGUAGCUAUUGCAGUUAAGGUUCUUAAUCUCCAGCAGAAAGGAGCUUCCAAAAGCUUUCUAGCUGAAUGCCAAGCAUUAAGGAACAUUCGCCACAGAAACCUCGUGAAGGUUCUAAGUGUAUGCUCAAGUUCUGAUUUCCAGGGAAACGAUUUCAAGGCUCUUAUAUACCAAUUUAUGCCAAACUGGAGCUUGGAUAAGUGGCUGCAUCCUCAAGAAAGACAAUGUGGAUAUGCAAGUUUAGAUAUUCUUCAAAGAAUAAACGUAGCAGCAGAUGUUGCUUCUGCACUGCAUUAUCUUCACUACCAGUGCCCAACUACGGUAAUUCAUUGUGAUCUAAAGCCUAGCAAUGUGCUUCUUGACAACAAUCUAACAGCUCAUAUUAGUGACUUUGGGAUAGCAAGGCUACUUGUAAAAUUCAACAGGGAAACUGAUGUGAAUCAGUUCAGCUCCCCAGUGGUUAAAGGAACCAUUGGAUAUAUAGCUCCAGGUUAUGUAUUGUAGUAUGAUUAUGAAGAGUAGUUUAGAUAGAACAUCAAUCCGUACGAUAGCACUAAUGCAUUUUUCUGUUCUUUUUUUGUUCAGAAUAUGGUAUGGGAGGUGCUGCAUCAACCUGG